CUGUGCUCCCGCCCGCCGCCGCUCCCUUAUCUCGAUUGAAUCCACCCAGAGACAUCAUUCCACCCCUCAAACAACCCAACACAGAAACAUCGGGACGCACAUCGCCCGCCAACACACACCAUGGCCACCAAACGAUCCAAGACUGAUCCUACCGACGACGAACUCGGCGAGCUCUUCGAGGGCAUCGGCGACGACAUUGCCAUCAAAAAGUCAUCGACGCCAAAGACCAAGCGAGCGCCUGCCAAGCCCAAGAACGAUGCUGCCGACCGAGAUAUCCUGGCCGAGCUAGAGGACGAGCUUGUCUCGAAAGCCCCCGAAAGACCGCAUACCCCUCGCGUCCGCGACAUCGCUGCCAGAGCUUCGCCGGCGAAGCGCGCCUCGACCAACACUCCACCUCCUCCCGCUGCUGACACCGGCGCUUCCACACGAAAGUCAGGCGAAAGCACCGCAUCCCACCCGACCGGCACCUUCACCCCCAGCGCGACAAGCUCCGAUCCGCACGAAUCCGAGAAGAAGCCAGCCGAGAAGCCACAACCAACUGCGAACUCUGGGGGAAGUUGGUGGGGAGGCUUCCUGUCUACUGCUGCCUCAACUGCUGCUGCCGCUGUGAAGCAAGCCGAGGCCGCCGUCAAGGAGAUUCAGCAAAACGAGGAAGCUAAGAAAUGGGCCGACCAGGUUCGCGGCAACGUGGGCGCUUUGCGCGGCCUCGUUGGAGAAGAUCUCGUACACCGCGCCAUCCCGACAUUCACCAAUAUCCUCCAUACCCUCGCCCCGCCCAUUUCAUCGCACGAGAGGCUCCUUAUCCACAUCACUCACGACCUCGUCGGAUAUCCCUCCCUCGAUCCCCUUAUCCACGGUGUCUUUAGUCGUGUCAUGUCCCAGGUCGAGGGCGGCGAUCUCCUGGUCAUCCAGCGGGGCCAAGAGUCAACAGCACGCAACUCGUCCGAGAAGCCUUCCUUCUUCGGUGGCUCAUCAACAGUCGGCUGGCGCGACGGGCCCUGGUGGCGGCAAGUCGAGAUCCCUCGCGAUCUAGGUGUCAUCAACGGACUUGUCGAGGGAACCAAGCUCUGCCGGGCUAACGCCGAGGGUUAUGCCAACGAUUACUUCGCCGCGCACGAUGGCAUCGAGGCGGCGCGCCAGCGAGCAAUGGAACCGGCUCGCGAAAGCAACCCCGUCCGAACUUCAGACAUCUUCCUGUCGGUGCAGGCCAUCGGUGUGAAGGAGGACAAGGCGCUCUUUGCGGGCUCGUCAGCCUCGGAGAAGGAGAAGGAGUCAUCGGAUGUUUUGGACGAGGACAAGACUGACGACUUGGUUUGCUUCGCUGUCUACCUCUUUGAUCCCAUCCAUGAUAUCCAGUACUCGGCUGUCAGCCAGUCCAUCCCCGCCAAAUGGAUCCGCUGGCUGGACGCUGCCGCCGCGCCCCUUACCCCCGGCAGUGCCGAUGAGGGUCAAGAGUUCGACUUUGAACGUGUACCGGAGGAGAUUCGUGAAAUUGUCGAAAGCGGUGGCGUUGAUCCGCGCGAGUGGGUUGCUGAGUGGGUGGAGGAGGCACUGAACCUUUCUGUGGGCAUCAUCGCCCAGCGCUACGUUGCGCGCAGAAUGGGUGUUGGCGAGGGCAGCAUUGGUAAGGGAAAGCAAAAGGUGGAGACCAUUCUGGAGGAGGGCGGAAGUGAGGCUGCUCGGGCAGGCCUCAUCUGAAAGAAACAGACAUGUUGAUGAUUUGGCUUACAAUGAGGCGUUCUUCUUUGGGUCUUGUUCCUUUUUUUGUCUUACGCAGUACCAAGUUGGUCAUAAUAUUACACGCUAAUGGACACAACUGGAAAGGACUUUUCUACCGGGCCACAACGAGG